AUGACUCUACAGUCUCAGAGCUCACACUGUUUAAAUGUACACUCCUCUAUGGUUAGAGAUAUCGAGAAGUGUGAACAAAAAACAAAGAGAGAUAUCGAGAAGAAAAACACGAAAUCAGGCGGUGUUAGAUUGAACAGUAGGAGACUGAUUCAUGGUCGUGUCGCCGAGAAAGGUACAAAGAGUCUGCCUUCUUUGACCCAAGUUACUUUUGAAGGAGAGGAACUGAAAUUGAAAAGUGGUUCUCAUUAUUUCAAAAGCUUAGAUGAUGCCAUUGAUUUCUUCGAUUACAUGGUUAGAUCUCGUCCCUUCUAUACGGCAGUUGAUUGCAAUAAAGUAAUUGGUGUCUUCGUGAGAAUGAAUCGUCCCGAUGUUGCGAUUUCUCUCUACCGGAAGAUGGAAAUUCGCCGGAUUCCACUUAAUAUCUACAGCUUCAAUAUUCUGAUAAAAUGUUUCUGCGACUGCCAUAAGUUGUCUUUUUCUUUGUCUACAUUUGGCAAGCUCACUAAACUUGGUUUCCAGCCCGAUGUUGUUACCUUUAACACGCUGCUCCACGGCUUAUGUCUCGAAGAUAGGAUUUCUGAAGCUUUAGCUUUGUUUGGUUAUAUGGUUGAAACUGGAUUUCUCGAAGCUGUAGCUCUGUUUGAUCAAAUGGUUGAAAUUGGAUUAACCCCAGUUGUCAUCACAUUCAACACACUGAUAAAUGGUCUCUGCCUAGAAGGUCGAGUUCUCGAAGCAGCAGCUUUGGUCAAUAAGAUGGUAGGAAAAGGUCUACACAUUGAUGUUGUCACUUACGGAACAAUUGUUAAUGGCAUGUGUAAGAUGGGUGACACUAAGUCUGCCUUGAAUCUGCUUAGUAAGAUGGAAGAAACCCACAUCAAACCCGAUGUUGUGAUCUAUAGUGCCAUCAUUGAUCGCCUUUGCAAAGAUGGGCAUCAUAGCGAUGCUCAGUAUCUUUUCAGUGAAAUGCUUGAGAAAGGAAUUGCGCCAAAUGUGUUUACCUACAACUGUAUGAUAGACGGUUUUUGUAGCUUUGGUAGAUGGAGUGAUGCCCAAAGAUUGUUGCGUGAUAUGAUUGAAAGGGAAAUCAAUCCUGAUGUUUUAACUUUUAAUGCAUUGAUCAGUGCAUCAGUCAAAGAAGGGAAGUUGUUUGAGGCUGAAAAAUUGUGCGACGAGAUGCUCCAUAGGUGUAUAUUUCCUGAUACAGUCACAUAUAACUCAAUGAUUUAUGGAUUUUGCAAGCAUAAUCGUUUCGAUGAUGCGAAACACAUGUUUGAUUUGAUGGCUAGUCCAGACGUAGUUACUUUUAAUACCAUCAUUGACGUAUACUGUAGGGCUAAGAGGGUAGAUGAAGGAAUGCAACUUCUCCGUGAGAUAUCUAGAAGAGGAUUAGUUGCUAAUACAACUACUUACAACACUCUUAUUCACGGGUUCUGUGAAGUGGACAAUCUUAAUGCUGCCCAAGACCUUUUCCAGGAGAUGAUUUCUCAUGGUGUGUGUCCUGAUACCAUUACUUGUAACAUUUUGUUGUACGGUUUCUGCGAAAAUGAGAAACUAGAAGAGGCACUGGAAUUGUUUGAGGUUAUCCAAAUGAGUAAGAUUGAUCUUGAUACUGUUGCUUAUAACAUCAUCAUCCAUGGAAUGUGCAAGGGUAGUAAGGUGGACGAAGCAUGGGACCUAUUCUGUAGUCUGCCCAUCCAUGGUGUGGAACCUGAUGUUCAAACUUACAAUGUAAUGAUAUCUGGGUUCUGUGGAAAAAGUGCAAUCUCAGACGCAAAUGUGUUAUUCCAUAAAAUGAAGGACAAUGGACAUGAACCAGAUAACAGCACAUACAAUACACUAAUCAGAGGGUGUCUUAAAGCUGGUGAAAUAGAUAAAUCUAUUGAACUUAUCUCGGAGAUGCGAAGCAACGGGUUCAGUGGAGAUGCUUUCACCAUUAAAAUGGUUGCUGACUUGAUAACUGAUGGUAGAUUGGACAAGAGCUUUUCGGAUAUGCUGUCCUAGUGUUUCUGGUGAAAAGGUCUUCUCUUGAUCUUCUUUCUUUUAUGAGGUUCCAGGUUCUGCGAGUUCUCAAGAUGUUGUUUGAGAAAGUAAAAGAAAUCAUAAUAAAAAAGCAACGACAUGUGAGUGUCUGAGGAAGAAAUAACAAAACAUGGCUACCAGUUUUUUGUAAGUUUGAAUAUUUUGACUCAUGAUUUAGGAAUUGGUCUUGUUAUCAUGAGUUUAAAUUCUUAUUCAUGGAAUUUGAAUCAUUGUCUUGUUAUCGUAAGUUUGUAACCUUACUCAUGGAAUAAGAAUUAAACCUAGCAUAGAUAAAAGACAUUCCCUGAGCAAAAUAGUUUCGUUUUUAGUCUAUUGUCUAGGAAUUAUUUCCUUUGUUAAAUAGCAGCUUGCAUCUGAGCUUAAUAUAGUACGUUUAUUUAUCUGUAUGUAUUGAAAGGUUUUUUGGAGUGGAUCUUUCGAGAUUAAGGACCCUCUGGAUUCAAAUUUCAGAACUCAAAAUAUUGUAGUAUCAUAGGGAUAGAUCUGGUCUGUGUUUUAUUUUAGUAAAAACGUAG